GCUACUCAACAUUAGCCUGAUGCGCCUCAAAGCAGUCGACAUUUUAUUUCUCUUUAUUUUUCAACAAACUGUCACUUUUAGGACUUUUCCGCUGCUGGAGACCAACAAAGCAAGAACCAACACACAUGGUGAAUGAUCAGGAGUAUUUUAUCAGUAAUGGAGAUGGAAAUGACGGGAUCAAAAGAGUAAAAAUUAGGAGGAAUUCCAUGUCACGGGAUUUCUGGAACUGUGGAGUAAAUUUUUUGGAUGCCUGGUCAGUGUCAGAGCGCAUGGGGAACACACUUCGUGAGUCUGUUUAUGUGUGAGUGACACUAACCAGCCGGUCACAGCCGCACAGUAACCUCUGAAACAGUUAACAGUCCUGGAGAAGGAUGCCUUCCCUACAUCAUGGAGCAAUCUUCACCGGAGCCUUCCUCAUUGUGACUGGGGGGGCCACAGCCUUCCUGACUUCAUCCCAGAGUCGCCUGCAGGCUUUCUCCCUCUGCUGUGUGGUGCUGGGGGUGGUCAUGCUCAUCCUUGGGUUAUUUUGGGCUAUGAACAGCAAAAGUGCUGCUAAUUACAACCACAGCGAGUACGACCAAGAGUGCCCGCAUUAUUCGUACGAAUACACCAACUACCCCGGCCAAGCCUACUUCACUUCCCCAGGGAAUCGGUUCCCAGAGUCCCAGUCAGUGUUUCUGCCCAGGACGAUGGAGCGCCACAGGCAUGCUGCUCGAGGUGAAGAUUUCGACUACCCCCCAAUGAUUAUGGAAUCUGGUGGUUUCAGUCCAACUCCUCAUCCUCCUCCAUGGCUGGGACCCCCACCUCCAUAUGAGGUUGCCAUCAAGACAACAUGUAGCUCUACACACCUGCGGCGUGCAUACUCAGACACACACCUGGCAUCAGAGCCCUUGUUUGGACAGUCAAGAGAGAUCAGCUUUGAGGUGUGAUGACUGGGGAUCCUGCUCAGACUAUGCUGUAGUUUUCUUUUCAUGGUAACAAACUUUUUCACUCACUUGAAGCAUGGGUCUUUCUUGGU